CAAACUUCCUCAGUUGGAGCAAAACUUCCCAGAGUGAAGGAGGAUCAGCCGAGAGGCCAGACGGCAGCACUGAGCGAGUGAGUCAGAGCAGCGGGACGAGCGAGGAUGAGGUCUUAAUUACAGCUUUCUCCAGACCGAGACGCAGUUUGUUCGAGGGCUGUGCAUUUUAGCCACUAAACCUGAUUAUCGUUGCUUCUCUUCAUCAUGCGGCUGGUUCUGCUUCUGGCUCUGAGUGUUUGCUAUGAGGCUCGCUCCUAUGAGCCUUCAUCAGUUACUAUCCAGUACCGGGUUUGGGAGGAGCAGCCGGCGGGAACCCAGGUCGGCCGUCUGGUGGAUGACCUCAGGCAAAGGGAUGAAGGCGGCGCUCUGGACAAUUUCCAGGUGGUGGAGCACGGAAAAGCUCAUCCCUUCUCUGUCAGCUCCCGGGAUGGAAUUGUCAGCACACAAGGCCGACUGGACAGGGAGGAGCUGUGCAGGGGGUCGGACCCAUGUGAGGUGGCCUUCAACGUUCUCUACAGGAAGAGUGGUGCUGUGAACUGGCUGACUGUUCACGUGGAGGUGAUGGACAUUAAUGAUCACAGCCCCACCUUCCCCAGCCCUCUGCAGGAGGUGGAGAUCUCAGAGUCAGCCAGCCUCAGGAUGAGAUUCCCGUUGGACUGGGCAGUGGACCCUGACGCAGGGCCCAAUGACGUCCAGGCCUACGAGCUGUCUGCCAACCAGCACUUUGCUUUGGACGUGACAGUGGCUCAUUAUGGAACAAAGCAGGUAGAGCUGGUGGUCAUCAAGGAGCUGGACAGGGAGGUUCAAGCCUCCUUUGAGCUCACCCUGGUAGCGUGGGACAAAGGAACCCCCCCCAAAUCUGGGAGCACAAUGGUUCAUGUUAAUAUAUUGGACUCAAAUGACAACAGCCCAACAUUUGAGGACAGCACUCCCACUGUGGAGAUACCUGAGGACACAGCCCGUGGCACAGUCAUCAUCAACCUCAAAGCCACCGAUCCAGAUCAGGGAGCCAACGGGGAGGUGGAAUACUCAAUAAUCAGUAAACGUAGUACACAUUCAGAUCAAGAGACCUUCAUUGUGGAUCCACAGGGGGGAGCUGUGAGUCUUAAUGCAUCCUUGAACUAUGAAACUCAGAUGUCUUAUGAAGUAAUCAUACAAGCCCGUGAUCGUGGGCCCAACUCCAUCCCCUCACACUGUAAGCUGCACAUCAAGCUCAUGGAUGUUAACGACAACGCACCGAGGAUACACGUGACGUGGACUUCACCCAGCUCUCCAGUGGCGACUGUCCUGGAAGGAGCACAGCCGGACACGUUUGUUGCUCUGGUGACGGUUUCUGACGCAGACUCGGGGGAAAAUGGCAGAACGAGAGCAGAUUUAGUGGAAGGAUCUGGUCUAUUUCGCCUCAAACGGAUACAUGACAGCAAUUACAUGAUUGUCACUAAUGGCAGCCUGGAUCGAGAGAAGGUUAUGCAGUACAACAUGACAGUCCGUGCUCAGGAUUACGGAGAGCCCUCACUGUCCUGCAUCAAACACCUGCCUGUCCAUGUGCUGGAUGAGAAUGACAACGCCCCCAUGUUCUCCACCUCCCUUUACAAAACCUCCUUCAAGGAGAACAACAUCGCAGGCUACCAUGCUCUCAAGGUUGAAGCCCUUGAUCUUGACUUAGAUCUAAGUGGAAGAGUUUCCUACUACAUUCAAAACUCCAAUGACCUGGAAAAGUCCAGCGACCUCGUGACUAACAUGCAGUCGUUCUCCAUCCACCCGAGCAGCGGCGUCAUAAGCAUCCAGCGCCCUCUGGACUAUGAGGAAUCCCAUACCUACUCAUUUGUUGUGGAGGCUAUCGACCACGGUCAUCCACCUCUCAGCAGCACCGCAACUGUACAAGUCAACAUUGAGGAUGUUAAUGACAACACUCCACAAAUCACGGAGCCAAAACCCCGCAAGGGUGUCGCCUCUUUAAAUGUACCCGUCAAUGCAGACAAGGGUGAGAUUGUGACUGAGUUGGGGAAUGACAUGGAAGAGACUUCUACCACUUUGCCAAUCAACCACUUAGUCAGAGGGGGACAUGGGUUCUUUGCCUCCACCAUAAAGGCUGAAGACCCAGACUCAGGGCUCAAUGGAGAACUUCAGUACCUCAUAACCGACGGGAACCCUGAUGGACUCUUCUGGUUGGAUCAAACUACAGGCCAGUUGUUCAUUAACACCACCAAUGCCACUGAGCUCAUUGGGAAAACCUUUCCGAUAGACAUAAGCGUAUGUGACAAGGGCACCCCCAGCCUGGCUGCCCGGAUGACUCUGGAGGUGACCUUCAUCAACCUCAGGGACCAUCUGAAGAACUCAUCUCCUGGGAACCGUGGACAGCUAAGCUUUACUAUGAUGAUGGCCAUCUGCUUGGGUGCGACGUGCCUCCUGCUUCUGCUGGCCAUCGCUACGGUGACGACAUUCUGCCGCCCUCAGAAACGGGACAAUCGGGCUUACAACUGCAGACAGGCUGAAUCAACCUACACACGUCAUCCCCGGCGCCCACAGAAAAACAUCAGAAAGUCUGACAUCCAACUGGUUCCUGUGAUCAGGGGGCGGAAGGACGACUCCUCAGAAGAUGACGGUGAAGCUAAACCACUGGCUCCAUCUCCACUGAUGUCAGAGGAGCAAAUGGAGGGACAGUAUACCCUCACCCCAUCCAUAAUGAACACAAGCUUCCAUUCCCAGGGCUACCCAGAAGCAGAAGCAACCACGCCGCAAUGCAGAACACUCCGAAAACCGGGGAACAUUGAACUCGAUGGAGCAGUGGCUCUAACACCAGCUACUUCUUAUCGAACCCUCCGCACACCCAGGAACCUUUCCUCAUCUUCCUCAGCCUCACAUUCAAGCACGCUGAAGCGCCAGGCUCAUGGUGAGGGGGACGUGUCCGAGGUGCCUUCAGGGUCCCAGGCGACGCUCAGAAGGACCAAGAACUUAGAGGCUCGUGGAGCACAAGAGGCAGCGCAUCGGCAAAUGCUUCAAAACCUGGUUCGACUGUCCAUGGCUGCGUUUGGAGACUCCAUCGAGCUUUCCUCCGCUUCUCCAGAGGUGCAGCAGAUCUCCCAGCUCCUCUCGCUGCUCCGUCAGGGUCAGCUGCAGCCCAGGACCAACUUCAGAGGCAACAAAUACUCUCACCGCAGCGGCAGAUGUGGAGGUCAGGACUCAGACUGGCAGAGCACCAAAGACAGCGGGCACGGAGAGAGCGAGGCCGGAGACAUGGACUGGGAGCCAGGGAGGGACUCACCCAUAGACACACAACCGGAGGAGGGACUGAGCAACAUGGGCCACGCAGACGAGGUCUUCUACGCGGGCGGCCCGGCCUGGGGCUCCAGACUCUCCCUGCCUCUCGUGGGCGAUUACCACCACAACGUCUUCGUGCCCAACGAGCCUCCGAGCGCUGAGAGCGAGCUGCUCCCUCGCCACGGCCUGGACUCGUCCUCCUUCUCCACCUUCGGUAAAAGCCCAGAGAAGGAGGCGGCGCUGGGCGGAGCCCUGCUGUCUGAGGUCAGCACGCUGUUUGAGAUGCUGCUGACGCAGAAGGCCGACGCCCACCCCGGCCCGCGGCCCGACGUCCUGUACCGGCUGUCUGCGGCCUACCGCCGCUCGCUGGGCCUGGACGGCUCCACAGGCCCCGGCGCCACGAGGCCCCGCAGGGCCGAGAGGCGACCGGGCCUGGAUGCUGCUCCUGGGCCUCAUCAGUAGCUCAGAUGUGGCUUCAGAACACUUGAUGCAGUCACAACAGGGCGCCACAGAAAGCGCUCCGUGCUGGAGACGUAUGUUGGGAUUUUAGAGGCAUUAAUCGUACAAUCCUGAAUGUAAAUAAAUGCAUCUGUAAAUAAUGCCACUGUAGAAUCACACAACACAAAGGAUGCGGCCGCUGGAGCCACACGUGUCUUUAUAGAAGAGAUACGAGGCUCGGAACAGAUCAAGAAGACAAACAAAGAGGGCGCAGGAAGUGGAGGAGCAUCUGAGGGGAAAACAGAGGCACAGGAGCCCCACGUGGACCCGUCACUGGUGGGAGGUCCACUGGGAGCCCACUGGUGGGAGAUCCACUGGUGGGAGAUCCACUGGUGGGAGGUCCACUUGGAGCCCACUGGUGGGAGGUCCACUGGUAGGAGAUCCACUGGGAUCCCACUGGUGGAAGGUCCACUGGGAGCCCACUGGUGGGAGAUCCACUGGUGGGAGGUCCACUGGUAGGAGAUCCACUGGUAGGGGAUCCACUGGGAGCCCACUGGUGGGAGAUCCACUGGUGGGAGGUCUACUGGGAUCCCACUGGUGGAAGGUCCACUUGGAGCCCACUGGUGGGAGAUCCACUGGUAGGAGAUCCACUGGGAUCCCACUGGUGGAAGGUCCACUGGGAGCCCACUGGUGGGAGAUCCACUGGUGGGAGGUCCACUGGUAGGAGAUCCACUGGUAGGAGAUCCACUGGGAGCCCACUGGUGGGAGAUCCACUGGUGGGAGAUCCACUGGUGGGAGGUCUACUGAGAUUGCACUGGUGGAAGGCCUACUGGGAGCCCACUGGUGGGAGAUCCACUGGGAGCCCAUUGGUGGGAGAUCCACUGGUGGGAGGUCCACUGGUAGGAGAUCCACUGGUAGGAGAUCCACUGGGAGCCCACUGGUGGGAGAUCCACUGGUGGGAGGUAAUGAAACCAGCGCUCGCAGAUCAGGAUCCGAUGAGGUGCCUGAUGCGCUUCACCGUAAACAUGUGCCGCAUGUUCAGGGUUUGUUUUUCAGGUCAGUCAUUAAAAAACAAGAAGUGACAAUAAAAACUCACAAUGCUUUGGUAGAAAACAGGAAGUGAAGGAAGGAACCAAGCAGCAGGCGGAAUCUGGCUUUAGUGCUGAAUCACAAGCUGUGAAUUCAUUGUUUCCUCUUUUGUCUCCCACCUGAGAACUCAUCACACAGAGCAGCACCAGAACCACAAGGUGUUUGUUAUUAGGAGGCUACUUUUCAAAGUGAGCAGAGAACUUUAUACGUUUUGAAAUGUUUUUAAUAAAGUCAAUGUUGAAACAAAACGCUGCCCAAACCUCAGAACUUCUCUGAAAGCUUCAUCCAGCAUCAACCACCCGCUUCAGAUGUUAUCAGCUAUAACGAAUGGGCUGAUCAGAACUUAUCAGCGCAUUCGUACGGGCCAGUAGGUGCCUGCUCUGCCUCCUCGCGAACAGCUAACAGCUAAGAGCUAACAGCUAGCUAAGUUGCUAUGUUAAGCAGCUUUAGAGCUUAUUGUGGUUAGGGUUAGGGCUGGAUAACGGGUGGGGGGUUCAGGUUACAGUUAGCUAACACAACACCGCUAGCUACUUGCUAAGUUAUGCUCGCUAAUAAAUCAAAAUUAAAAACUUCGAUCCUUCUGUCGGAACAACAACCGCUCAACAGCGCCCCUACUGACUCUGCUGGUUAAAUCAUCCGAGCCGUGAUCAACCUUACGGAUCAAUGACGACGACCUACUGCACCUAUUCACCUCUGCCAGCAGGUAGAUGGGCACCUACCGGCUCAUAUGUAUGGGCUGAUAACCACUGAUAAUGACCACUGAAUGGCGCGAUAACGUCAGAAGCCGCUCCAUCAACAGCAUCACCAACAUCAACAGAAUCAUCAGCAUCACCAGCAUCACCAGCAUCAACAGAAUCACCAGCAUCACCAGCAUCACCAGCAUCACCAUCAUCACCAGCAUCACCAGCAUCACCAGCAUCACCAGCAUCACCAGCAUCACCAGCAUCACCAGCAUCACCGAGUGGCGGGUGCAGGAAACAACCUGAGCCCUGAUUUGAAGCAGUGUCAGAUGAAUGGCUGCUGCCGCUCCAGUCGCCGCUGCCACUUUAUAAUAAGACAUUUUUACAUAACACAAACCUGCUUUUCUUAAGGUCUUGUUUUGUUUCUUCAUCACAUGUUCCUUAUUAUAAAACCACUUAAACUGUC